UUUUUGGUCUUGUCUAAAGCGCUUCUUUGCUAGACGUGUAGAUUAUCACAGCCAUGAGUCCUCCUACAGAUACAUUCUCCCGCGAGGAGGUCCGCUCGCACACGACAGAGGACUCCCUCUGGUGCAUCAUCGACAGCAAGGUCUACGACCUCACCGACUUCGUCGACGCCCACCCCGGCGGCGAGACCGUCCUCCGUCAGGUCGCCGGCCAAGAUGCUACCGCUGCCUUUUACAACCUGCACCGACACGAGGUCCUUACGAGGAACCAGCGUCUCGUCGUCGGUACCAUCGAGGGCGAAAAGCCCCAGGUCAUCACCCCGCAGCCCGGCGACCUCAGCCAGGUUCCCUAUGCGGAACCUCUGUGGCUCGCGCCGCCGUUCCGCUCGCCUUACUACAGCGACAGCCAUAAGCGUCUGCAGCGCAAGCUGAGAGAGUUUGUCGAUAGCGAGCUGUACAAGGAGGCGCAGGAAUGCGAGGCCACAGGACGAUACAUUAGCCAGGCGAUGAUUGAUCGCAUGAGCGAGCUCGGAAUCUUGCACAUGCGACUCGGUCCCGGUAAACACCUCCACGGGGUCGAGCUCAUGGGCGGCGCAGUCAAGGGCGAAGAGUUUGACUACUUCCACGACUUGAUUGUGGGACAAGAGCUGGCCAGGGCCAUGGCUAGAGGCUUCGCUGAUGGCAACAUGGCGGGUAUGACCAUUGGCUUGACAGCAGUCCUCCAGUAUGCGCACGAUGAGGCGUGGAAGAACAAGAUCGCCCAAGAGGUCUUUAGCGGCAAGAAGAAGCUGUGCCUUGCAAUCACCGAGGCGUUUGCCGGUUCAGACGUUGCUGGACUGCGAACCACGGCCGAAAAGACCCCUGAUGGAAAGCACUAUAUUGUCAACGGAACAAAGAAGUGGAUCACCAACGGCUGUUGGGCAGACUACUUCGUCACGGGUGUUCGAACUGACAAGGGCUUGAGUGUCGUCCUCAUCGAGCGCGGAGAGGGCGUCGAGACCAAGGCCAUCAAGACAUCCUACUCUCCCGCCGCUGGCACGGCCUACGUGACAUUCGAAAAUGUCAAGGUCCCAGUAGAGAACCUGCUUGGUCAGGAGAACAAGGGUAUCCACGUCAUCCUUAGCAACUUCAACCACGAGCGGUGGAUGAUGGUUUGCGGCAGUCUUCGCAUGUCGCGAUCUAUUGUCGAGGAGUGUCUCAAGUGGUCGAACCAGCGCCAGGUGUUUGGCAAGCAGCUCAUUGACCAGCCCGUCAUCCGCCAAAAGCUCGCCAAGAUGAUUGCGUUGGUCGAGGCCAAUCAGUCCUGGCUCGAAACCGUUACCUACCAGAUGUGCCACAUGCCCUACAAGCAGCAGGCACAGCACCUCGCCGGCCCCAUUGGUCUGCUCAAGAUGAGCGCCACUCGCGCUGCCCACGAGAUUGCCGACGAGGCCGUGCAAAUUUGGGGCGGCCGAGGUCUCACACAAACCGGCAUGGGCAAGUUCAUCGAGAUGUUCCACCGAACAUACAAGUUCGACGCCAUCCUCGGAGGUGCGGAAGAGGUGUUGGGCGAUCUGGGCGUAAGGCAGGCUAUGCGAAACUUCCCCAAGGCCAUGUUGUAAGGUUGUCUCCGAGGAUAGGUUUCCGAUUCUCGCCUGUAUUUAUAAUGCCACCAAGCGUUUUGUAUUCGACCCAGAUUUCCACUGUCGU